UUUAGUGCUUUGGCUGAUGUCGCUAAAAGUGGAUUGCUUAAAAUGUGUAAGACUUGCACAUCUGUAAAAUGUGUACCACAAAUUCAAUGUCCCGCUCAUGUCCGCAUGGGGGACCACGAGAAGCCACAAAUUUGCGAUCUGCCCGCUGGCAAAUUUGGCUAUUGCUGCGAAACUGGACAAAAUCACACGGCGCAGCAAAAUAAGGCACGCCGAGCAGCGAUUCCAUCAUUUUUGCCACCUGAUGUGCUUGAAGAAGCACGCAAGAAUUUUGAGCAUUUAAUGCACGGAGUUGUCCAAAUGCCGGUCCUUCGUGGGCAUCCAGAUUUUACUCAUGGUAUGGUUUUUCAAUCCACACCAAAAGAAGAUUUACAUAACUUUGCACUGUCGAACAGUGCGCUUGAAUUGGUAAUUGCCAGUCAAGUGUUUGGCAAGAAGGAACAGGUGACGCUUGAUGACCUGAUCACAAACAAUGUGCCAAUAAAAUUUUCAAAGACACCGUUGGCUCAGCAUUGCCAAACACAACCCAUUUGCCUAGGUAGACACCAUUUUCGGAGUAUGGAUGGCACUUGCAAUAAUCCGCUCCCCCAACGUUCACAUUGGGGUGCUGCUGGCCAGCCAAUGGAGCGGCUGCUUCCCCCAGCCUACGAAGAUGGGAUUUGGACUCCUCGCUCUCAUUCAAGCGAUGGAACUGCUUUGUUAAGCGCUCGUGAAAUUUCUAGCGCUCUAUUUGCCGAUGUUCAUCGACCCCACCCAAAGUACAACCAGUUGAUAAUGCAAUUUGGGCAAUUAUUGGCCCAUGAUGUUUCACAAUCGGCUUCGGUGCGUCUCGAUGAAAAUGGUGGCUUGGUGCAAUGUUGUUCGCCGGGAGGCAAAAGCAUUUUGCCCCCAGAAAAAAGGCAUUUUGCCUGUCUGCCGAUACCGGUAUCCGAAAACGAUGAGUUUUAUAGCGCGUUUGGCGUGCGCUGUUUGAACUUGGUAAGACUAUCACUUGUGCCCAGUGCCGACUGUCAGUUGAGCUAUGGAAAGCAACGGAGCAAGGUUACCCACUUCUUAGAUGCCUCGCCCAUAUAUGGGUCUAAUGAGGCGUCCGCACGUGACUUGCGCUCUUUCCAUGGCGGCCGAUUACACAUGUUUAAUGAUUUUGGUCGUGAUUUGCUGCCCCUAACCAGUGAUAAGGAUGCGUGUGGCAGCGCGGACACGGGCAAAACGUGUUUUAAGUCAGGCGAUGGUCGCACAAAUCAAAUUAUAUCUCUGAUCACCCUGCAAAUUGUUUUUGCACGUGAACAUAAUCGCGUUGCCGAUAUCUUGGCUGAAUUAAAUCCGACGGCGAACGACGAAUGGAUUUAUCAAGAGGCUCGCCGCAUUGUUAUUGCAGAGCUACAGCACAUUACAUAUAAUGAGUACCUCCCGGCAGUUAUUGGAUCCCAGCAAAUGAAAAGGUUUCGUUUGAUGCCUCACCAACAGGGAUAUUCAACCGACUAUAACGUUGAUGUGAAUCCAGCUAUUACUAAUGAGUUCUCGGGAGCUGCUUUUCGAAUGGGUCAUUCUAGUGUCGACGGCAAAUUUCGAAUACAAGAUGAGGUGAUUAAUAUUCCGGAUGUUAUGUUUAACCCUUCUCGUAUGCGCAAGCGCGAGUUCUACGAUGAUAUGUUACAAACACUUUACACGCAGCCAAUGCAACAAGUCGACAGUUCUAUUACACAGGGUCUCAGUAGGUUUCUCUUUCGCGGCCACAGUCCGUUUGGAUUAGAUUUGGCCGCAAUAAAUAUACAACGGGGUCGCGACCAGGGCCUGCGCUGCUAUAAUGACUACCUUGAAGUAAUGGGAGCUCCAAAGCUGAAACAUUUUGGCCAGCUUCCAAGGGAUAUUGGCGAAAAACUUUCUCGGGUCUAUAGGACGCCUGAUGACAUUGAUUUAUGGGUAGGCGGCUUACUGGAAAAAUCUGUUGAAGAUGGUAUCGUUGGGAUCACUUUUGCGGAAAUUAUUGCCGAUCAGUUUUCUCGUUUUAAGCAUGGAGAUAGGUAUUACUACGAAUAUAACGAUAAGGUAAAUCCAGCAGCAUUUAGACCAGCUCAGCUGCAGGAAGUGCGAAAGGCUACCAUUGGACGUUUGAUCUGCGAUAAUGCCGAUCACUUGACUUUACAUUCGGUGCCUUUGGCUGGAUUUGUACUCGCCGACUUUCCUGGUAAUAGGCUAAUAAGUUGCGAUGACCCAAACCUUCCUACAGUUAAUUUAAAUAUGUGGCGUACCUAAAUAAUGCUCAUAUAGCUCGUUAUUAACUUGUGGUUGCCUAGUUUGAUUGUUUGCAAAUAUACAUUUUUACAUUUUUACACUAAACUAUAAAUACCAUAGGUAAAAAUAGUAUAAGGUGAAUUUGUAAA